AUGGAUCAUGACCAUAUGCAGCGGAUAAGGGAUGAAGGGGGGAUUGGACGGGUGGUUACCACCCAGGUGGCAGCCCUCCCUGCUCGCCUGCACCAGAUGCUACCUCCCCUUUCCUCCCCGCACUCGCGACACCUAGCCCCUUUCCUCGCCGCCUCCCUGCUGCUUCUCUUCCUCCUCUUGCUACGCCACACCGUCGCUUGCACGGUCCUUGCAGCUUCCUCUGGUGUGCGUUUCUUUGCCGCGCUGCCCCGUGCUGAGUGGGGUGAGGAGGAGGAGGAGUGGGGUGAGGAGGAGGAGUGGGGUGAGGAGGAGGAGUGGGGGGAGGAGGAAGAGGAGGAGGAGGAGGAGGAGGAGGAGGAGGAGGAGGAGGAGGAGGAGGAGGAGGAGGAGGAGGAGGAGGAGGUGGAGGUGGAGUGGGGGGAGGAAGAGGAAGAGGAGGCGGAGGAGUGGGGGGAGGAAGAGGAAGAGGAGGAGUGGGGGGGGGAAGAGGAAGAGGAGGAGAAGGAGUGGGGGGGGGAAGAGGAAGAGGAGGAGGAGGAGUGGGGGGGGGAAGAGGAAGAGGAGGAGGAGUGGGGGGAGGAAGAGGAAGAGGAGGAGUGGGGGGAGGAGGAGGAAGAGGAGGGUGGUGGCAGCAGUGGUGGUGGUGGUGAUGUAGAUGUAGUGUUUGAGUCACUGAAUGCGGCAGAUGACAUUUUUUCAAUGAUGCUGGCACUUGAUGUGCGCUGGGUGGAUGCAACAGAAGGUUCAGGAAAAGCAGCAGCAGGGGAAGCAGCAGCAGGGGAAGCAGCAGAGGGGCUAGUAGAGGAAGCAGCAGAAGAAGAAGCACAGGGAACAGCAGAGGGGGAAGCAGAGGAGGAAGUGGACGAAGAAUCCGAGGGAGAAGCAGGGGAAGCAGCAGAGAAAGCAGCUGAGGAAGAAGCAGAGGAAGCAGCAGGAGAAGCUGCAGGAAAAGCGGGCAAAGCAGAGGCUGUGACGGGCGUAGAGGAAGCAAGGACGGAACACGAGGAGAGGGGGAUAGAUGCUGGCACUGGACCAGUGCAUCGGUCGCCUUAUGUGCCCCGGUUCCCCCCAAUUCCUGUCUCCGUCCCCUGCCUCACGUCACGUGCACGUCGCCCCGUCUCCCCACCCCGGUGGCAGCAGCAGGCAGUCCCUCACCAUCCCUCACCACCCCUCACCACCCUGCGCUAUCCCUCACCAUCCCUCACCACCCCUCACCACUCUCUCCCUCUCAUCCCUCCCUUUCCUUGCGUGCAGGUCACCUCGUCUCCCUGCCUCAUCUGGCCCAUUAUUCCUCGCUGUCAUGGCAGGAGCAGUGGGCCUAUCACCAUCCCUCACCCCUCUCUCCCUCUUCCCUCCCCUGCCCUCUCUUGCCCUCCUUUCCCCUCCCUUCCCUGGCUAAACAGUAGGUCGUCCUGCCUCCCGGCCUCCUCCGGCCCAUCAUUCCUCGCUGCCAUGGCAGCAGCCGUGGGUCUCUCACCGUCCGUGGCCCUCGCAGCAACACUCAAGGGCGUGGCUGCCAGGCUGGAAGCAGAGCUCAUCGCGUGCAAUGUGAGAACUCCAUUUGCCACAUUCUCCCUGCUUUUCCCCUUGCUCCUCUCUUCUCCCCGUGCUCCCCUCUUCUCCCCUUUCUCCCCUCUUCUCCCCUUUAUCCCCUCUUCUCCCCUUGCUCCCCUUGCUCCCCUCUUUUCCCCUUGCUCGCUCCCCUCUUUUCCUGUUGCCCCCAUCUGCCCCCAUCUGCUCCCCUUGCCGACAUCUUAUCCGGUUGCCCCAUCUUCUCCCCUUGCCCUCAUCUUCAUCCAUCCCCACCAGCCUGAGCUAGUGUCUUCAUCCCAUCGUCUGGGUGUCAUGCUGACUCGCCGGCAGCGGGAGGAGCUGGCAUGGAUGUACGAAAGGGCUGCUGGUUCCAUGCAUGUGGUGCUCAUGAGGACUGCUCUUGAAGUGGCAGCUCUCGCUGCUCGCCUGCACCAGGUGCUACCUCCCCACUCCUCCCCUCUCCCCGUUUGCCCACCUAUCUUUCCACCACCCAUCAUUCCCACCCACCCCUCCACUGGCAGGCGUGUUCUGACCACCCAGGUCGCAGCCCUCCCUGCUCGCCUGCACCAGAUACUACCUCCCCGCUCCUCCCCUCUCCCCCUCCGCCUCGCCCUCCUCCUCUCCUCCUCCCUCCUCCUCCUCUGCCUGCUCAUCCGCAGCUCCCUUGUCGCACGCAGCUUGCAGGCAGCUUCUGCUGCGGUGCGCUCAUUCUUUGCCCCUGUGCUGUGGGCUGUGAGUCCCGAGGAGGUUUUGCAGCAGCAGGAGGAGGAGGCUGAACGGAAUGCACCGCAGCAGCAGCAGGAGCAGGAGAAAGCUGUGCAGAAGGCAAUGCAGCAGCAGCAGCAGCAGCAGCAGGCAGGCAGUAGCAGGAUUGGUGAAACUGGUAGUUCUGCCUUUGUGAUGAAAACUGCCUUUGGGUUCAGUGGUGGUUAUGCUGGUUCUGAUGGUGGAGUGGAAACAGCAGGGAAAGAGGAAGAAGACAUUCACCGGACGAUGCUGGCUCUUGAAAUGAGCCAGGUGGAUACAACAGAGCGCUCAGGUGCUUUGGAGCAGUUCAACUCACAGGGGCACAUUCCUGCAGAUGCUCUCAUUCAGAUCUGGGCGGCAUGGCGAGCAUCUGGUGACACGUGGCACACUCAGAGAGACUCUGUGCGGCUGAUAGUGUUCAACGCCGCCGUCCAGCUGGCACUGGAUGAGUGCAUCAGCUCCCACCAGCCGUCCAAACUCCCCACCUCGGGCCCGUCAUUCAUAGUGGCCAUGGCAGAAGCUGUGAGCCUGGCCCCGUUCAGCUCUGGCAGCAGCGCUGCGAGGGGUGGCGAGCAGAGUGGCAGCAGAGCUUGUUGCAUGCAAUGUGAGUGCCUUGUGUUGUCUGCUGUGUGCUCCCUUGUGAGUCUACUCAAAAGCCAUGGCAGCAGCGGUGUGCCUCACAUCCCCAUCAGCUCUGGCAGCAGCGCUGCGAGCAGAGUGGCAGCAGAGCUCGUGGCAUGCAAUGUGAGUGCUGGUGUGCACGUUUAUGAUCUUGUGUGA